AUGCCGUUAAUGGAUAUAAAUAACCCAGCGAUAAUAAUAUUUCUCAUAGAAAACUAUGAGAAGGAAAAUCGACUGCGCCUCAACUGGAUCAACAAGCACCGAGCCAAAAUCCAGCAAGCUGCAACUCUAGCUCGGGAGCCCACAAACUACUUCGAAACGGAUGUAAUCGCUCACAAUAUAAUCGGUGGCAUGGCUACUAUAACCCGUGACCACGUCGUGGCAGGGUACAACCGGCGGAAAGUACCCAUCCGCGACGGUACAUUUAUCCCAGGCGUGAAACAUUUACGCCACGGACAUUCUAUAAUCGACGUCGGCCUAGGAGACACGAAAGACGACCCGCGGCUGGUCCGACCCGACACGGACCUCACAAGCGACCCAAUCAUACGCCCCAUAGACCCAGAUAUUAAAGAAAUCAUUUAUAAAUCGAAGCCCGAAUUCGGCAGAGAACAGUAUUUGGUAAAACGUUCGAAAGUGCGGCCCGAAAAUAAGUACUACUUCGCUGAAACUAGUGGUAAUGUUUAUGGCUGGAGGAUGAAAGACAGUGAACUGCACCAAAAGCCACUAUUCGGGAGGUGCUGGCAUCUCACGAGGGCGCUACGAAGUCGUGUUGGGCCUCAGCCUGAUCCACCGCACUAUAAAUCUUCUGACCCGCCAGGACCUAGCAGUUGCGCAGGAAUUUAA